AUGUCGAUUGUUUCUAUUGCUAAAAAAUAUAUUUUUGGUUCUUACAUUCCUGUUAUCGUUAUUAACACAGGAAUUGAUGCUAAGGCUACCUAAGACGUAAGAAAUUCUAUAGCUAAGAUUGAUGCAGAUAGAGCUAAAGCUGUUGCCUUACUUAUUAACUCACCAGGUGGAUCUCCUGUAUAGUGUGACAUAAUUACUGAAAUGGUAAAAGGAUUUAGCAAAAAGCAUCACUUACCACUUUACACAUUUGCUAAUGAUAUAGCUGCAAGUGGCGGAUAAUUCCUUCUUUCUAUUGGAGAUAAAUCUUUUGCUUAGGAAACUUCAUUAGUUGGUAGUGUUGGUGUUGUAGGCAUGUGGUUUGGUUUAGGAAAUCUUGCUAAGGAAUAUAAGCUAAAGCCAGAAAUUUUUUCAUCUAAUUAGGAAUAAGAAUUAGCUUACAUGAAUUUUUUUGAAGAUUUGACUCCUGAAAAGAAAGAGAAGAUUAUCAGAACAUUGAAAACUCACCACAAAAUAUUCAUUGAGCAUAUUGAAAAACAUAGCAAUUAUAAAAUUUCCCCUGAAGAAAGGGAAAAAAAAAUAUAUGAUGCUUCAAUUGUUUUAGGAAAAGAUGCAGUAAAAUAUGGAUUGGUUGAUGAGAUAGGAUAAUAUUAAUCCGUUCUUAAUAGAGAUUUUCCAGGAGUUUAAAUAGAAAUUAUUUCAUCUGAAAGUUGGAGAUAGAAAAUAUUAGGAAGCAUUUUCGCUAAAAUGGGAGUAAGCACAUAAGAGAGUAUAUUAGAUAGAAAUCUUUUACUUAUGUGA